AUGGAGACCUUGACAACGCAGCAGGCGCUACCUUUGCCGGUCAAAUCAUCGCCAGUCAAAAUACAUCCUGAGGAUAACGUUGACGCGCUUAAAUGUAGCCUCGCAGUGACUUUAGCUGAAACUUGCGGAAUUUCUGUCAGGGAGCGAUCGGCGAGCACUGUCAGUCUCGUAAAAAGCUCAGAGACCAGCGAAGUCCGUCGGGAAGAUGGCACUAGUGAAGCUGCCGAGAAGGGACUCACAAAACAUCUUGUUCAGGAUUUGGCGAUAAAAGAAUCUCAUGUGUUUCAUAUGCAAAGGCACAUGCAAAGCAUGCAACAGCGAGUAAAUAGACUGCAAUUGAUAUUGCAGGAGGCUGCACGAUGUAGUAGACUUGGCUCGUCUUUACAAAAGUCUACUACUGGUUCAAUGCGAUCAACAUCAAUGACACAAGUGGAUGUACUUACAAAUGACUUGACGCAAGCGAAUUUGGGAUCUCAUAAGAUUCAGUGGGCACAUUUGGCGUCGUCCUUCGCUCUUAAGACAGCAAGGCACGCCUUAAUAAAUGAACCGAAUGAUAUGAAAGAACGCCAACAAAAUGGAUCCUUUACCAACGUUGAUGUUGUAUCCAUUGCAAACGCCGAACUACUAAAAAAGACUGAAACUCUUCAGGUAGAGCUGAAGAAUGCAAGAGACGAAAACAAACAGCUUCAGCUUACAGUCCUUAGUUUAGAAAAAAAGUUAGCGCAAUUGCACAAUCAGAAAGGGACUAACUCAUUGAUAGAAUUAGGAAGCAAUCAAAUUUCCAAUAAUGCGCUGGAUGAUAAAGCAAGCCAAGAUCACGAAAACAGCCACUCGCGAUUUAAAGUCGCACAAUUUGGCAGACCAACCGCCAUCCAAAUGGUCAUUGAGGAAGAUAUGACGGUUUUAAGAAAUCACGAGCAGUGCCAACGCAAAUUGCAUGAACUAUGGGACAUUGCCAAGAAGCUACGGGCGUACGUUGAAUUGUACCAAUUUGAGCGAGAUGUCAUGAAAACUCAGCGCGACGAUGCGAUUGCUGAUAGUAAGCGAGCAGAAGCCGAGAUCAUUCAGCUAGCUAGUAGCAGCAAUCCGCAGCAGAGAAUUAAGUAUUUACAGAAAAUCAAAAGGGAUAACCAGGUGCUGCGUCAGAAGAAUCGCGCGUUAAAUGUGAGAAUAGCCAAGAUGACAAUCUCUCGGCACAAGAAUGUCUGCCAAAGUGCUGCAGAUAAUAAUGAGUCCUCAAUUGACACCACUUUGAAACCACUGGCACUUGGUGACAUGCUGCAAGACGAGCGUGACGAAUCCGUCACGUGGUCUGGCGAUGAAUAUAUACGCAACAUACGUGAGCGUGGUGAACGCUUGGAGCGACGGCUUGAAAGCUUGCGUUUGGCGAGACGGAGCGUUCAUGGCAUCCUGGAAAACGAGAGCUCUAACCAUCUGGAUAGCUAUGCGUCCGCUGCUGGGCUCCUACAGCUUCGCUCUGCUUCAGCUGAAGCAAAUGUCGAAAUCCCCACUAGCAGUCCUUACGAUCAAGAAUGUAAUCAUAUUGAUAACAGCAGCGACAGUCCAGCCAUUUCGUCGACCCCACCGCUACCACCAGGAUGGCAUCAAAUCAUGCACGGUUCAGGUUUACCCUGUUACGUCCAUGAUGUUCUAGGCGUUGUUUGUUGGACCCGACCAUAUUUAUUGAAUAUUAAAGGUGAAGGUCCGGAGUCGCAGCAAGAGUUGCAUUCUCUCGUGAGGCAGCAUUUGCCGCCAGUGAGCAUUUUCACGCCUAGAUUGGACCUAGCCGAGCGAAAGAAAAAUGAUUUAUCAGGUGUAAACAAUGUUGCAACUAAGAUGUCAUCGGUAUAUCUUCAAGAAUCAAAUAGUAAAAAGCGCAAGUUAGAUGUGCUGAAGGGAGACCAAACGGCAAUUGGAAAGCAGCAAUCUAUGACCUUGAACGAGUUCAAAAAUCUUUCCAUUGACGAUCCGCGUGUUCUACAGGCAUGUAUGGAGUUAUCGAUCAAAACACCUGCACAAGUCCUCCAAGAGUACCAAAACCGAAAUCGUGGUGUCUCAAUCAAUUACAAUAUGACGUCUAUAGAGGGAGAUGGUGUUAAGCUUUUCAAAACAAUCGUGACUGCUGGCAGCACAGUUGCCGAGGGCAUUGCCUCGACGAAAAAAAUCGCAAAGCAGUUAGGAGCUCAGCAGUUGUUAGCGAUGCUGCACGAGCGUACAGCCAAAAAAUAUUAUGAAGUAGCAGAGAUGUAUAACAGUUCUCUGAGAGGCCAGUAUGUUACCGCCGAGUCAUUCGUGUAUGGACCUGCGAUCCCGUUACUUACUGGUUGCAAAGAUGGACGUAUCGAUAGUGGUCAUGUCGAUCCUCGCCUACAGCGUGGUGCGAAUGCUCUAGGUCGAAUGGAUCCUCGCCUGCAGCGUGGGGGUAGUGCCUCUAUUCGAACGGGACGGACUCGUCGAUUGGUUUCUGAUCAUGAAGAUGUUCCUGGAUACUGUGAAUAUAAACCUGAUCGACACGUGAAUGCGCCAUCUUGUCGUAAUAAAUACAAAUAUCAGCAUGUAUCACAGCAAUCAAUUCCAUGGACACUUGAUGACGAUUCAAGAACGGACAGAGUUGGGUCCGAGCGCAUAGUUGUGUACUCUCAAUCAGCGACUGGUACUGCUGGAAAUGGUGAUGAACAGAACUGUGGAAGCUCAUGGAGCGGGAACUCAACCGCCAAUUACCUUCAACAGCAGAAUAAUAUACCGCGAGAUUGUAUCCAGCAGUCCAAUAAUAAUUUGAGUUACGGCAAAUAUUCAGAUACUUUAUCAUUAACACAUCUAAUUUAA